AUGGCAACUUCUUGGAGUUGUUUUGAGGAUUUUAAUGUUAUUCAUAGUAGUUCGGAGGAUUUUGGUGGUUACCCUAGCUUGAGGGAGAUGGAGGAGUUUGAUGGGGCGUUAUUGGAGGCGGAUCUGGUUGAGUUGGAAAUGACGGGUAACUGGUUUACUUGGACUAGUAAAAUUCAGGGAAAUGGUAUCUUGCGUCGGUUGGACCAUUGCUUGUCAAAUGAGGCGUGGAAGGUAGCUUUUCCGUAUUCGGAGGUUAGGGUUGGUCAGUGGGGAAUUUCUGAUCAUAACCCUCUUCUGGUGUCUACAGGGGAGACAAGAAGUAGGCCGCCUCCCACUUUUCGUUAUUUUUCGCAUUGGGCGGAGGCUGAGGGUUUUAUUGAUAUUAUCAGCUUUGUGCAAAAUUUGAAGGCAGUGAAGAGAGUUUUACGUGCUUCGUUUGGGAGGCAUAUCUCUGUGUUAGCUGAUGAGGUGAGGGCGGCUAGGCAGGUUAUGGAGGUUUCUCAGAUGAAGAUAGAAAGGGAUCCUAAUUUAGAUUCGGUGUGUGUAGAGACGGCUCGGGCCACUGAGGUGUUCUGGUCAGUGGCGAGAUUGGAGGAGGCGUCGCUCCGACAGAAGGUCAGGGUGAGCUGCAGUGGUUUAUUUACAGUCGUGGAUGCUGGGGAGACUCGCCAGAUGGUGCAUGACAGGGUGGCAAGGGUGGCAGUAGAUUUCUUUCGGGGUUAUUUAAGGUCUCAACCAGUGGGGUAUAGGGAUCUUACUGCCCGAAUUGAGGAUAUUGUGCAAUUCAGCUGGUCUGAGGAGGGGGUGGAGGCGCUUGGUCGCCCAAUGAGUUGGGAUGAGAUUAAGAAGGCUUUAUUCUCGAUGAAGUCUGGGAAGGCUCCUGGCAUGAUGGGUUUUCAAUUGAUUUUUACAGAGCUGCUUGGAAUGGGGUUGGGGAUGAUUUCUAUGAUGCUGUGCUGA